AUGGCGCUAGGUGGAAAAUGCACAUUUGGCGUUCGAAUGCCCAUAGAUAUCCACAUGCUCAAUGAGAUCAUAUACAGAGAGGUAAAGCACUUUAGAAAUUACAAGAUAUAUCGACCCAAUUUUAGAGUAACACCAGUUACUGGAAAAUUCUACGCAGCCCAUGACCAGUUAAAGGCGGAGACCGAUGAGGAGACGCGGAAGGUGGAUAAUUAUCAUGUCAAUGUGUCAAUAUCGAGAGCAAAGGGUCCACAUAGCAAAUAUCCCUCACCGGCUACCGAGAACCAAAUGUAA